AUGAAUUACGAUGCUCAGGAGGCAGCCUUAGGGUUGCUAGGCCUAUGCCCGAACAAUUUAUCUCCUCUUGUCACCACCCCCACCAUCCCAGCAAAGAGGAAGCAAGGUCCCAACAGCACCAUUAUCAUUCGGGACGACAGCAACGAUAACAGCAACAACAAGAAGGACAACUCUCAAGAGGACAUACGCUGCAUCUGCGGUUUCACAUACGACGACGGGUUUUCUAUUGCAUGCGACGACUGUUCGAGAUGGUGCCAUGCAGCUUGCUUUGACAUUGUGGAAGGAGAAGUGCCAGAGGAGUGGUUCUGUUGGGAAUGUUUUCCGAGGCCGGUGGACAGCGAGCGCGCAGCCAAAUUUCAAAGGGAACGGCUCAAGGGGUUGCAGGUUGGUCCUGAGAAGAAGCAGCGGAGGCAGAGCGUCGCUGCCAUUGACGGUGGCAAGCGGAAGCGAAGGUUGUCAAUGGUACAGCAACCCCAGCAGCAGCCUGUUGUACCCAACGAGGACGAGCACAUUGACAUUGACGAACCUUGGACGCAUUCCUACGUUCACAUUACCCAAGAUGUUGUUCCAGAGGAUACCUGCAUUAAACUUCGACGUCAAGCCCACCAUUGGCGAGGUAUAACUGCCAUCUCAGAUACUCCCCUUCAACCUGUUUGUCUCCCGCAUAACUCUCCCUCUCCGCCUCCCACGAUUAUCAAACCAAUUUCAUCCCCGACCAACGUCCGUCCUCCGUCCUACGCUGUGCACACCACCUUUCCAAUCCCCUCAUCUCAGCUUAUAACGCCAUACACCUCAUGUAUCACGCCCUCUUCCUUAUAUUUAUCGGAUUCUCUCAACUCCUACGCUCAUUUGGGCAUGCCAAAACCUUUUGUGCACCUUUUAGGACCUCCUCUGGAUAUCGCACUGGACUCACGCAUAGCAGGGGACAGGAGUCGCUUUGUUCGCAACGGCUGUAGGCCGAAUGCUGUCCUCCGUCCAGUGCUGUGUGGCCAACCGCAAGAGUCAGAGACACUUACGUUCGGGGUGUUUUCGCUAAGGGACCUCAAAGCUAACGAAGAGGUGGUGCUUGGAUGGGAAUGGGAUGACGGGAAUGCGGUCCAUGCAUUACCUGCGCUCAUUGAAACUCCCGGCAUGUUCCCCUUGCACGACGUCGAUCACCUUCGAAACCAGAUGUCCAACAUCCUUCAUGCCCUCUCGUCAACAUUUACAACCUGCGCGUGCGGCGCUCGAGCAAAGGAUUGCAUCUUGACGCAAAUGGCAGCCUUUGUCGAUAACGAGGUUCCCUCCGGUCCUGAACGCGUCGAUCUAGGACCAUUAGUGGGCAGAAGACGUGGAUUUAGGACGAGGGAGAAGAUACCUUUUAGUGGUGGGAUGGGUGGUGUAGAAAUGGUGUCAGAAACCGAAGACGAGGAGCAAGAAGGAUCACCAAUAUCCUUGCCAAGCUUUGUAUUAUCACCAGCGUCUUCGAGCUCAAAGAAGGGGAAGGGUAAAGCAACAUCAUUGGACGCUGAGGAGGAUGUCGUUCGAGGGAGGAGUGGGCUUGAACUACCAACGAAGCACCCCUCUGGACUGGCGACAGAGCUCAGGCCUCCGGAUACCAUGCAGGUGGACGACCAAGAGCUGACGGAAGACAAGAUGCCCCCCAAGAUGCGGAAGAAAUGGAUCCAUCGCGAGUUUGAGUCACUUAAGGAGGCAAAUGGGCGUGUCCAUUUGCCGGAAUCAAUGAGCAUCGACAGCUCGAAGAAUCCACAGGGCGUUGGGUUGGAUGUUGAUGUCGAAAUGCCACCGCCACCAAUGCCUGCUUCUCUAGACCCGACAACUAUGUCAUCACUGACAAAGUCAUUCGCAGUGCAUCGAAAUCAUCCGCCGCAACACCAAUCAAAUGCAGAAUCUUCUGGUCAUCUCCCGCCCUCCACGUCCCCUACAACGAGCUUUGCAAAACUCUCAUUACUCUCUCCAAUGGUGACCGGUUCGAUUUCGCAGGCGCAAAAGUUUCAGUUCCAACAGGCUCAAGGGAUUGAUCACUUCGGCCCAGAUGGAUGUCAGAAGGAUCUCGAGGAUGACCGGGAUGUUGAGCGAGGACAACUGUCAAAUGGUCAGGUGAAGCCCUCAUCACCUCCACAUGAGCAACAGAAAUAUCUUGACCAACAUCCUUCUCUACCUCGACAACAAACCCCUUCGCCUCGUCAAAGCAAUCAAUGUUUAUCACGGUCUGGGCACCCCUCCCCUCUUCAACCCCCAUCGCAUGCACCAGCAGUACAACUUCUGGGUUCUCCAACCCAAAACUGGAGGCCGUUCCGGAGGCUCGCGAGCCCUGCGAGUCACGAUCCAUCACCGUCUUCAGUCGCCUGGCAAGCGUUAGCUCAGUGCGAUUACGUAACCUCAUCCCCAACAUCCCCGAACACAACACUUCCACUCUCAUGCAUGCGACAUGAAGUAUCUCCUCCGCCUGCCCAACUCAGCGUACGUUUGGGUGGGACCGAACACCAGGAUGAGGAAGAGGUAAGCCAUCUUGAGCUAGGUGAAGAUUCUUCAGAGGAGGUGGAUCAUGACGCGGACGACGGUGACGAUAAUCUUACCUUGGCGUACCCAUCUGCGCCAGAGAUCAACACUGAAGGUUCAAUGUCUACACCAUCACUAGUGCAUUCUCUCGCAGAGCCAGGCCCAACUGAGCUGCUGCCAGGUUCUAAGUCUUCAGCUACUUCUAGCUGGAUUCACAGACCUAUCUCCUCUGCACCAGAUUCCAUAGCGUCCACGCCUCCUGCUGGAGUGUCUAACGGAUAUUCGAGGCGUGAAGGUGUCCCUCCAGCACCGCUCUCACCCGAGAUCUCCGAACGGUCACUCAGGCCGCUGUCUGGGCCGGUCGUGGAUACACCGUCAGUUCAGGCCUCAAAUGUAGUAAGUAUGUCGGAGGAGGGAGGGGGCUCCGCGAGAAUUUCAAGGACCUCGGAGGAUGUGCAUAUGGCGUCACAAGAAGAAGAAUCUGCAGCUCAAGUGCAAGUCCAGAAAUCUCAACCGCCUGCUUCUUGGUCACCUCUGCCCCGGCUGGCCUCACUUUCACCACCUGCUGAUGCACGCGAACCGACGCCUCCUCCUACAGCGCGUUCGCCAACUCAUUCACCAACGCCACAGCCGCCACCAGCGCCGAAAGUCAAAAUGUCCUUGAAGGACUUUGCGCUGCGGAAGAAGAAACAGCGGGAGGAGGAGAUGCUCACAAAGUGUACACAAGCGUCUCCUGUGACCGAAAAUCUGAGUCUUGUGUCAGACGGUGAGGAGAUUGCUGGUAAAGAGGAUCCUGAGGAGGUGGGCGGAGUUGAGGAGGUAAUUGCGGUGUUUGAAGAUCCGUCUUCAGAAAACUGUGGCAGUAGCGAAGUGGAGAAGGAUAGUGGGCCGGAUGAAAAGCCAGCAGCUGAGUUAAAGGGCGUUGGGACCUUGAAAGAGGAAGAAAUCCGUCCAGCAACCAACGUUGGAGGCGCCUUGCCUCUCGCCAAUGGCGUGCACAGCAAUCUCCCCUCACCGCCAUCUUGUCUCCCCUCACCGCCAUCACGUCUCCCAACGAAACCCCCAAUGUCGCUCCCCUCUCGCCCUCAGCUUGCGGCCUCGCCUGGUACUCGAGAGGCAAAACAGGAGCUUAUCGAGCCUCGAAUCGCAUCUGUCCAGCCCCAUCAUCCCAACGGGAGACCUUUCUCCCUCAUUGACCGACUCAAGGGACCUCUUUCCUUUCAACCACUUUUCCCCCACAAGACACUACCUCGACGUCCGUCACGCGAGGAUGAUGAGAUCGGCGAAACCUCCCCUUCUCCAGCUACACAUGAGCAACCCAAGCCCGUGUAUGUUCCUCGCUCAGUCUCUCCUCCAAAGCAACCACGAGCACUUAUGGGAUAUCCGUAUAAUAACCGUCCGACGCCAUCACCCAUAUCUUCGACCCCACCCGUGUUCCGCAAUCCGCCGCCCACGGGACCUAGAGCGCUGAGGAACUCAAUGCCUCCGCGCCAGCUCGCUGUUUCACCGCCGAAUAUUCCCCGGGGACCUUCAGCUGAUCGCGAUCGCGUUGACUGGGAUCAACGACGGUCGCAUUCCAGUCGGAAUGGGCAUAACGGUUGGUGUCGAUAA